AGAUGGAGGAUGCACCUGCAGGCCUUGAUGAUGAUGACGAUGAUGAUGGCGUUGCUGAGGUUGAUGUCAGACCGACACGUCCCACCCGCAGUCGGCGACCACCAGCUCCUCCUGAGGGUGGAUGGACACUUGAUCAUGUCAUGGCAUCCUUAUAUGAUCUGACUACUGACUUUAGAGGAUAUAGACAGAGCACGAGCAAGUGGCGAAACCAGAUGGACACAAGGGUUGCACGGUUGGACACAAGGGUUUCACGCUUGGAGGGUUUAAUUGGCGAGGGGAUACCUCCUUGCUGUAAACCUACCACACUGACAUGUACGAUUGAUUAA